AGGAAGGACCUUCUGCCACCCGCAGAAGGCUGUGCAAGGUCCUGUACUUGUACACAGAAUCUUGCGCAACCAGCUGAUUGCUUGUUGGUUAUUUCGAUUUUAAAUUUCAAUUAUGGCGCUCCUCACGCCCGCGACCAUGACCAUGUGAAAAUCUGCCUGCGCAGUUUCGCUUCUCGUCCCGUACUGCGUGGCAGUGCACAAGGGGACGGUCGUGAUGGGCUCGAAAGCCGAAGUUCCUUACCCAGUCGGUUUUAUGAUGCGACUGGACGAGUCAGAGGUCACUCCUCGGUACGGAGAUUGCCUGGCGGGAAGCGACGAUGUCCUUGCUUCGUUCUGCAGUGGUGGUCUCAUUCCGGAGGGUGUCUUCCUGACUGCAGGACGCUGCUCCCAGGAGGGAUCCGAGAAGGCGUCAACCGGCACGCUGAAUGUUGCGAACUCGCGAGGCGGACUCGGUCAGCGAAUUCCCUACCCUAAGGUAAAUUGUUCGUCUUGGUGAUCUUCUUUUGGUGUGACCCAUCUUGAUCUUGAAUAAGAACCAUCUCUUGUCAAAGAAAGGGACUUCGAUUGUGUAAGGGACGCUGAAAAUUAUAUGGACAUUCUCAUUCACUUUCAACUGAAGUGAAACAGGUAUAAUGCGACUAACAAUAAGUGCUACCUCUAAUCCUUGCCUCGCCCUCGAGAACGGAACUUGCACCAGGAAUAUCCUUGGCACGACAGGGGAUUUACAAGGUCUUCAUUCAUAAGUUAAGGCUCCCCCUGAUCCUUCCCCAGAAGCAUGUCGAAGCUGUCUCAUAAGGGGAAAAUAGACCCGAGAGGGAUCCCAGGAUGGAUUGGGGUGAGCGCUAAAUAAGGGCUUCGAGGUGAUUUCCGCGGAUUUCAACUACGCCAACUCCAUAACUGGCCAAGUAUCCGCUGCCGGCACGAUGGGAUUGGACCACCACAUG